AUGGGUUGGAUGAGUAGAUUUUUAGCGGCAGCGACAUUCUUGGCAAUCGGUGUGAUUUUUUUGCCGGAGAAAUUGGGAUCGGAAUCUGAGGAUCAGCAUUCUCCAAAAGUCAUCACUCUAUUGAAGUUGGCUCACUUGCUCUGCUUCUCCACCGCGUGGGGCGCCGCUCUCUGGGUCACCUUCAUCGGAGGCAUUAUCAUGUUCAAGAAUUUGCCAAGGCAUCAAUUUGGGAAUUUGCAGAGCAAGAUGUUUCCGGCAUACUUUUCAAUGGUGGGAGUUUGUUGUGCAGUGGCUGUUGCAGCUUUUGGAUACCUGCAUCCAUGGAAGUCUUCAACAGCUGCUGAGAAAUACCAGCUCGGCUUCCUCAUGGCUGCCUUUGCUUUCAAUCUCUGCAAUCUUGUAGUCUUUACACCCAUGACGAUCGAGAUGAUGAAACAAAGGCACAAGAUAGAAAGAGAAGCGAAUAUUGGGGAAGAAGUUGGGUCGACAAAGAACCAAGAAGUUGCGAAAAAAAAUCCAAAGCUUGCUGCCAUGAACAAGAAAUUUGGAAUGAUUCACGGACUAUCAUCUCUUUCUAAUAUCAUGUCAUUCGGUAGCCUUGCCAUGCAUUCUUGGUAUUUAGCAGGUAAAAUCGAUCUGUAG